CAUGCCAUCACCCGUAUACCAUGGUGUCGCUGAGGAUCUUGAAUGAGGUUAUUGUUCUAGUGAAACUGUUAUGUCUCGGCUUGGCCAUCAUCAGUGACGCGGCGACGGCGACUAUUGGCACAAGUCCAACAACGCCUACUUGCAAUCAUGGCCUACUCCGUGCAGGGUCAAGCUGCUUCCGGUUCGGCAAACAGCGCAUGCUCAAUUGGAAGGAGGCCAGCGCCGAGUGUGCCGCUCUGUCGUCCACCCUGAUCAGAUUCCAGACGCCCGAGGAUAUUGGGGCGUUCUCCGCCAUUGCCAAGACCCUCGAGAUGGACGGUUGGUGGACGGACCUAACCACACAGGACCACGUGGGGACGUGGACGUGGGGGGAAAACCAGGCAGUCGGCAACGGCACCGUGGUGUGGAACCAGGAACCCGACGACGUCAAACACGCCGAAAACUGCGUCGCCGUGAACUACCUCGGCAGAGCUAGCGACGACAUGUGCACACGACAGCUUGGGUUUAUAUGCAGGGCUGAUACAGUUGCUGACGGAUGUGAUGACGGAUGGUCACUGGUGGGGAACUCGUGCUUCUACGUCAGUGAUACGUCAGACUACACCCAGCUGGUCACCUGGGAAACGGCCUUGACCAAAUGCUAUCAGAAAGGGUCAGCAACUUUGAGCCGCCCAAUGCUUGCCAGCUUCACGGACAACCAGGAAUACUCGACUGUGGUGAAGCUGCUGACGACAGCGUACUCCCUGAAGUAUCGGUGGUGGAUUGGCCUCAAUGACAGGGCUGUGGAGGGACAGUGGAUGUGGUCCAACAGCAGCACCCAUGCAGAUGCAUCCAUUAUCCAGUGGCAAAACCUACCAAACUCCCUGCAGGCGACGGAGCAGUGUGGAGUGGUGCACAGUAACGGCCAUAUCUCCUACGACUACUGCGACAACGACAACUACUUCGCCUGCAGGUAUCACAGCACGGAAGCUGACGUUCACGUGGAGGAGGAGCUGGGCUGUCCUGGACUGUGGCUGAGAGCGGGACACAAGUGUUAUGUUUUCAACACCAACGUGACCUUGACCCAAAGUCAGGCAGUCGCUUUCUGCCGCCACAGAGGAGGGCGUCUAUUGAAGGUCGAGACAGAGGAUGAGAUGAGAUGGAUUCAGCUGCAGACAGAGCGUAUCCUAGGCAACAACUUCUGGACAGGACUGGAACGGCACCCUCCGGGAGGCAGCAGUUGGCGGUGGUCUGAUGGUGACUCGGCGCAGAUGAAUCUCAUACCUUGGGAACUUCAGCCGGACAACCUGAUGGGUGAGGAGAACUGCGCCUUCAUCAGCCACGACGCCAGCUAUGAGGACGUCUCCUGCUUCUCCCAGGCCGGCUACAUCUGUGAGAUACAGGCAGAAGGUGCGCCCUGCCCGUCCAAAUGGGUUACCCGUAACUACGAUGACGACACAACGUGUUACUACAUCAGCAACAGAACUACUUCCGACGUUGUCACGUGGUGGGAGGCACGCGAGUUGUGCAGGAGACUGUCGGGGUUAGACGAGGCUUCAUUGCUGGCUGUCAACGAUCACCACGAACAGACCUAUAUUGAGACCCAGCUGGGGUCGUACCCAGAGUCCCCCGUCGGCUGGUGGACAGACCUCACAGACGCUGCUUCUGAAGGUGUGUGGCAGUACGCCGACAACUGGAACCCUUCCCUCAGCCGGGAUCUAUCAAUUGGGCCAAGGAGCCAAACAAUCAUGGGGGCAACGAGAACUGCGCUGUCAUGUACUACGGCGGCCAAUACAACGAUGUCCCUUGUGACGUCAGAGCCAACGUAGCCUGUGAGAAAAUGGCCUGGGGCGUGGGAGGUGCAGCAGACCCACAGACAAGCGACGCUCUCCUGGGGGUUGUAGCUACCAUGGUGAUAUGGAGUCUUACAUGACGUCAAAGAUCACAGUAGUUAGGGUUUUCUCUGAUAGAAUACGUACAUUUAUUAAUCUAAACGUAUAUCUGAUAUCAACCCCAAUCCUUACCAACGACCACCAGUCGCGUCAUACACAUCCCACCCCCUACCAACAGGUCUUCAUCAAUUCUCCAUCACACCUAACUCAUACAAGCUUUGUUAAUCAACCAAAGGAUUUUACGGGUAUUGAUCAUUUUCAAGUAUUAUGUCUUUCUUUGAGACAUACGAUAGUUCGACAGAUACAAAAUAUGUUCUAUUGUGCUUUUUAAUGCCGCCAAAAUCACAUUGUGUUUUCUGGAAUAAUAAAUGGUUGCAACAUGAAA